AUGUUCCUACACGACUACUACUGUCUCCUCCUCGCCCUCCUAAUGACCCUAUGCCUCGCCUCAUCCACUCUGUCACCCUUCCCAUCAAACAAUGGCUCCAUAUACUUCACCGCUCACACCAUUGACAGCCUACUCUUCCAGAACCCAGAUGUCCUUCAUGAUCUGUUCGUGUUCAAGUGCGUUACUAUAGUCGUUUUCAAUGCGAAUACAGGGGGUGAGGCGGGAAAUGAGACGAGGGGGGAAGAGUUGGAGUAUGGGUUGGAGAGGGCGUAUAGGAUUAUGUCUAGUGCCUCUUUGAGGGGAGGAGGGGAUAUUGCAGUUCGCAACACGAAGAUUCGACUCGGCAAAUAUGAUGUCGCUACUUCGCCUCUUCUAGGUCUAUCCAACGUCCAAAUCCUAUUUCUUCGUCUACCAGACAGCACGUAUUACGAGGAGUCGUUGAAAAUGCUAUACAGCGCAGACAUUUCUCAAAUUACAGCCACCGACGCUGCCGCUACGUGUACUGUCAGAGAUUUGAAAAACAUCAUCGCCACGAUCCUGAAUGAGAGGCGUGCAGACGAUAUCCACGUACUGAAUUACCUGGCGUCUCUCUCGACUGGCCAAGACGACUACCAACUUGAACAUGCUGACCGUAUCGUAUCUGCCAAGCUUGUCAUGGAUGUUGUCAAGGAGGAGGGUAUUGAGACGAGAGUUGUAGCACAUGGCUGUGACGAAGUUCGCAACCAGGAGGUCAAUCUCAACACUCCUGACUACAUCAACAAGGUCAAUGCCUUUUUCGAAUAUGCCAAAUACGAUCCUGACAUGUGUCAGAGUGUUGACGAGUGUGGCGAGCGGCUCUCAAACGCAGAUACGUCAACUGGCGGCUACAAUGAGGGCGACUACAUAUAUGAGUUCCUAAAGCGGGAGUACUACGUCACAUAA